AAUUUCUCUCCCUUGAUCUCUACCUAUAAAUACAAUAAAAAAUGUCAUGUAAUAUCGAUCAAAUUAUUAGGUAUAUAUUGAUUAAAGAAAAAUCUCAUUUAAUUCUAAGAAAUGGGUUCAAAGAGGCCAAUAUUGUUGAAUAAUAUGGUAGCUCUACUAGUGUUGAUCUUAUUAGCUCUUGAAAUUACAAGUACUAAAUCCUUAGCCGAAGAACUUUCUCCAAACUUCUACGACCACUCGUGCCCCGCCGCCUUACCGGUGAUCAAACGGGUUGUGGAGGCGGCCGUUGAGAAGGAACGCCGAAUGGGAGCCUCUUUACUUCGUUUACACUUUCAUGAUUGUUUUGUAAAUGGUUGUGAUGGUUCCCUACUUCUUGACUCAUCGGAGAUGAUCGAUAGCGAAAAGCUAGCGCUUCCAAAUGUGAACUCAGUUCGGGGAUUUGAGGUCAUAGACAACAUCAAGGCGGAGGUGGAUCACUGUUGCGGUCGCCCAGUUGUCUCAUGCGCUGAUAUCUUAGCUGUUGCUGCUCGUGAUUCUGCUGUUGCGUUAGGAGGCCCCUCAUGGGAGGUUCAACUAGGAAGAAGAGACUCAACCACUGCAAGUAAAGACGAUGCCAAUCUCAACAUUCCACCUUCAUUCCUUAACCUAACACAACUCAUCCAAAACUUCAAGGACCACGGCCUUGAUGAGAAAGACCUCGUCUUGCUUUCGGCUGCUCACACUCUAGGGUUUGCUCAAUGCUCCACCUUCAGAGAUCGCAUAUACAAUGACACAAAUAUUAAUCCAAUUUUUACUAAAAAGAUCAAAAUGUUAUGCCCUAGGGUUGGUAGGGACACGAAGCUCGCCCCUUUGGACCCAACUCCAGCUAAAUUCGACGGAAAGUACUUUGACAAAUUGAUUAAAUACAAAGGACUUCUUCACUCUGAUCAAGAACUCUUCAAUGGCGGAUCUACUGAUGAGUUGGUCAAACAUUAUAACCGAAAUUUGGAAGAUUUUUUGUAUGAUUUUGGUGUUUCGAUGAUUAAAAUGGGAAAUAUCAAACCUUUGGUUGGACAUGAAGGUGAAAUUCGUAUCAAUUGUAGGAAAAUAAACUAAGUUAUUAUUUUCUUGUUUAUUGAUGUGUGCUUAAUUUUAUAUAUUUUUUUAUUUGGAUUAGUGUGUUUAAUUAACUUAUCUAUUGAAUAAAUCAAUAAUUAUGCAAUGCAUAAUUAUGUUUCCAUUUGUAUAUGUUAUGUGUGAUGAUGAAUUGAAAUCUUUCAUUCCCAUUGUUAAA